CCCGGUGAUGGAGGAAGAGGAAGCCGCGGGGGGAAAGAUGAAGCCGUUCCCAGCGGGCGUCGUCAGCAUGGGGGUCGGGGGCGGCGCCGCCGGGGCGGGCGUGGACCCCGAGCGCUGCCGCUUCCCAUACUGUGUCGUGUGGACGCCCAUCCCCGUGCUCACAUGGCUCUUCCCCAUCAUCGGUCACAUGGGCAUUUGUACGUCGGCUGGAAUCAUCCGAGACUUUGCAGGGCCUUAUUAUGUCUCUGAAGACAACAUGGCUUUUGGGAAGCCAGUGAAGUACUGGAAGCUGGAUCCUAACAAAGUAUAUUCCUGCGGCCCCAAUGCUUGGGACACUGCAGUCCAUGAUGCCUCCGAGGAGUACAAGCACCGUAUGCACAACCUCUGCUGCGACAACUGCCAUUCACACGUAGCUCUGGCCUUAAACCUCAUGCGAUAUGACAACAGCAGCUCUUGGAACAUGGUCAAACUUUGCUUCCUCUCCCUGUUAUACAGCAAGUACGUCAGCAUCGGGGGAUUUGUCAAGACCUGGCUUCCCUUCAUCCUCUUUUUGGGGAUUGUCCUGACAGUCAGUCUUACCCUUCACCUGCGGUGAUGGACGACCCCUAUGGAAGGCCAACGUUGAAAACUGUGGGCUCUUCUGUCCAGCAAGGAGCUGCUGGGUUUUGGAAGCCUUUGGGGAAGACAUCCAUUUUGCUUUGUGAUGCCAAGUCACCAUUUGUCCUGUGGGACUCCCCUGUUUUCCCCCUCCCCUCUCGGUCUGACCUUCUAAAUGUAGGGGUGGGGAACAAUUGCAUCUUGCUUCUCAACAGAUACCCUUGGUCAUGAAGAUUACCAUAGGACGUCAUACGAGGCAGCUUCCGUCUGUGGGGCGUAGAGCGAGGGGUUAGUUUGCCUUGUCGCUGGUGUCGGAGCUGAUUCUAAGGUUCUCCUGUCCUGGUGUGGGGGGAGCCGAAUCCUGGCAGAAUUUAACAGGAGGUGACUGCCUAUGGUUGCUUUACAUUGUGAGUAGGGAUGAACAUCUAUGUUCAUUUGCCCACUUACAGGUAAAUUGCAUUUACAACACUGUAGCUGGAACAAGUAAGAGCCACACACACACACCCUUCUUCAGGGAGCCUCAGCAUCAGCAGCCUGGAAAUGAAACAGCACCAGCGUUAUAUGCUCAGACUAGGGGUGCUGAGCCCAGGAUGGGGCUAAUGUCCCUUUCUGCUUUUGUGGCUCACACUUGACCACAGCAUGUGGCUCAUGCGUUCCUCAGAAAGUGGUUUUUCUCUUUCAAGGUUUCUCUUCUGAAGCUGCUGGAUUUUCCUCGACCUCCCACCAGCUUAAGCUGUUGGGGGUAAGAUUGCCCUUGAGUUGCCCUUGGCGAAGCUUGUGUUGAGGGCCUUGUUACAAAUCCUAGUCCCCUUCUCCACACUACAAUUUCCAAAAUUCUGCGCAUGAGAGGGAGAGGCAUACCUGAUGGUUAAGGUGUUUGAUUUUUUUUAAAAAAAUACAGAUAAUACUACUUGGCUGUGCAUCAGAAAGCGUAAGCGGUGCUGCAGAAAUACUUGGCCUCUCCUGCCUAGAAGGCUGAAGUUAGACUGCUGUAGACUGAUAUGACAUUUAACUUGAAGAGAACAUAAGGGGACAAAAAGCUUCUGCAUCCACAGAAGCAGUAGAGAAUUGGGUGCUUUCUGUCCCCACCCCCCAUCCUCUCAAUGUCCACAGAAGCUUAAUUUUGGUUUGUGGUUUUGUCCAUGUUACUUACGUGCCUCCUUUUUUGUAAAAAAAGGGUGUGUGUUUCCCCUUAGCGCCCUUCCAGUAAGCAAGUUCUCAAGUGGUUCAGUUGAGUGUCAGAUCAGAUGCCCAGGGUGGUGUCUUUACAGUUCACAUUAGGUUUUGCAGAAAGGCAGUUUUGCUGACCAAACUCAUCUGCUCCUUUGCACUGCCCUCCAGUAACAAGCAGCCAUGAUAGAAACAUGGUUUUCUCUUACCUUUCUCUCCCCUCCACCCUUCCACAUUCCCUGGAUGGCUUAUUUCCCUGCUUGGAAGCCUCUCCUGGUUUUCUUGUUCUUUGGUAUUCUCCAGCAGCCUUCUUCACCACCCAGGAAGGGGGAGCAAAAAGAGGCUGCUCUGAAGCCACUCUAUCCUUUCAACUUCUGUUAUUUCCAUCCUUGCCCCUGCCUAGUGCUAAUCCUCACCUUUUCCAAGCCUCCUCUCACACCUUAAAUGCUUUGCCAUGGGCUAAGGAAGGGUGUUGUCUGCCUGUACACCUUUCAUUUGCGGUUUGUCCCCCACUCCAUCCAUUUCAAGCAUGACCCGGGCAGCAGCUGUAGAGAGCUGAUCGAUAAGCUCAAGGCUGAUUAGAGAUCAAAGCUCCUGGCACCAAAGCAAACAGGUGUGGUCUUCCAUCCAGCUGAGCCCAGAACUGCUUCACUUACAUACCCAGCAGGGAUUCUGGUUUUGAUGGAAGUAAUACACCAAGACAGCUCAGUGGAGAAACUCGCCUCUUUUUCCUCUCCCCUCCCCAUUUGUUUCUCCUUGCAGUGACUUGGCAAAAAGAGCUCUGAGAGAUUCUCAGAUCUGGUGCUUGAUGCCAGCUUCCUUUCCACAGUAGCAUCAGUCUAGGUCUGUCUUCUGAAUGGAUUUUAAAAAAUGUUUUGUAAUUGCCAAAAUCUCAGGCUGAGCACUGCUCAGAGAACUGAUAUUAAAAAUGCUGGGCCCCCCAGGCCGCUUUUUGUAUUCCCAGGUGGGUCUUAAUUUCCAUGUUCUGAGUACCAGUCCAGUUAAGAGAUGGCUACGCCCAAACUCAGUGGCGGAAACUGGAGAUCCCCCCUGUAGCUCAAGCGAAAAGACCCUGUUGAAAGGAUCAAUGGCCCUGCUUGUGUUUGCAGAUUCAGCUUGCCUUGUUUCCACUAGGUUUUGACCUUGGUGUCCAAGAAGAUACCUGACAUUAGUUGUAGGUGGUUGGGAGACCUCUUCAGUAGGCUUUUAAGUGGCUGUGGGUCAUCUACCCGGCAUGGUGUGAUUGUGCAGCUCCUGCACAACCAGCUCACGACCCUGCCCACGUUUACCAAGCGGCAGGGCUAUGGGAAAUGCGGAUUGAGCAGGGCCUACCUUGGAGGCACAGCAUUCAGCAUGUCUUUGGUGUGAGCCAGACCUCCAGACCUCUUCCCAGGCAAAACAGCCCUCCCCUUUUUUCAGUAGCACCAGUGGCAAACCUUGGUGCAGUAGCAGUAGUACUGAAGUUUAAUGCCUCAGGGUGGCUUUGCAAGUUAACUAAAUUCCUGCAGAGGGGCUUGAGGAACGUGCAUAGUGUUCAGCAAUGCUGCCUGUGCUUUUCUCUGGCUGCCUACAUGGGCUGGGGAUGCAGCAGUUGGGUGUGGCUUCCUUGACUAAUUUAUUGAAGCGGGGUUUAUAUAGUGAGAAACCAAUCCAUAGGGUUUUGCCACAUUAUGAUUGCUGCACAGAGGUAUUUGUACGGAACAGCCCUUCGAUAUAGGAAUCUGGGAAAAUGCAAAGUAUUCUUCAAAGAUUUCAUCAGUGCUUUGAAGCUUUGCACUCCGACACCUUUCAGUUUGUGUCACGUGCUUGACUUUUCCUUUGUUUAGGUCUGUGGGAUUUUGCUUUGGAGUUCAUUUCUGUGCCACUUUGGAGGGGUCCCCCUUCUUUCCCCCUGCACUUGCUGGCAGUUAGCCAGAUGGGUUUCUGUCCUUUUGAGCUGGUUCUCCAGGGGGUGCUGGACUCCUUUGUACAUAUUGAACUCUGCUGCUGUGAUUUCAUAAUCCUGAUGAUGAUGAUGAAAAAUAAAUGCAGUUCUGUGUCUCCAA